GUUUCGGCGAUUCAUCUGGACGAUGUUACGUCGAUGCUUCAGCGCGGCGGUGCGGCCGCCGAAGGCCGUGCGACGCUCUGCGCAGGAUUCGAGACGAGUGACGCCAGAUAAAGUGGAAGAUUCGCACGCGCUGCAAACCACGGCUGAAACGCCUGCCCCAGCGGCGUACCAGCCACCUCCGUUCGAACACCAGCCCGAACCAACAUUUGGCCAAGUGAUGAAAUCGAACUUCCUGUGGGGUGCAGGCAUGUCCCUUGGAUUCAUCUUGAUCGGCGGGAUCUUUCGCGCGUUCAUGGAGCCACCGACACCGCUUCUGCCGUCGUGCGAGUGGGAAGGCGGAGCAUUCUUGAUCACGACGGACGAUGUCGACCGCACGUCGUAACGGAGAAAAAUACAAUUCUGGUGUGCAUGCGCA